UGCCUCCCUAAAACUGUCAAUGAUCCGUUGCCAUCUUUCCAUGCUGUAAAUCUCAGCUGCUGUUGGUCCUUGUCUGUGAGGCCUCUUCGAGUAGAUAUAACAAUUGUGUGUUGUGUGACGUCCUGUGGGGCGGCGCCUUCUCGGCUUAAUGCUGAACGCCAGCCAAAAAUUAUUUUUCAGAGUUGGAGAUCGUAAACCGCAUCUCUUCCAUUCUUUCGAGCGCAGUCCAUCAUCCUUGAGCCUGUCUACCCCCACUGUCUGUACGAAAUGGCUGAGAAGAAGCGCAAAGCAGUUGCUCCAGAGGGCGAACGACCAGCCAAGAAGCCCCAGACCAGCAAAGUCAAGGUCACUCACCUGUCGACUGCUGACAUCGCAAAACCAGUCGUCGCGUCCUCCCCAGGUUUCAACCUCCCUUCCAACGCGUCGUUCAAUGCCUUCUCCAAGAAGUCUUCUGCACAAUCCACACUCCUCCUGCAGUCCUCGACGCAUCCAACGAUAGACUAUCUCGCGACCGAGAGUUCCACGACCGAUGUCGCCGACAAACAUGUCAAGCACUACAUCGCGGUCUUUGACCCAGUGACUUCCCAUCUCAAAGUCCUCCCAGCCAAGAAGAUGAGCGUCCGCUCGAGCGUACGCACACCAGGACAAGACUCCAACUCAGACUCUGAAGCCGAAGCUACCCAGGCCACACCUUCCUCUCGCGCAGCGCUGACCGCAGCCUUCGGCACAAAGAAGUCCAAAAAAGCAGUGGCAUCCAUGGCCGAGAAUCGACUUCUCGCUCACGCCGGAGACGCCGCAGACGGCACCCAGGACGCCCUCUCCUCCGCCAUCCUCUCAUCCAUCAAAGACGAAGGCGACGACGCCGACACAGUUGACCAGGCCACCGCCCGAGCCAACAAGCCCCUCCCACAAGCCGACCUCUCCGCAACAGACAUCACACAAGUCUACCCAUUCUCAUCACUCAUCUUCCCCGGUCCCCCACGCACAACCCUGUCCCAAAUGCCCAUAGCAUACUGGCGCGACCGCAUCGGAUCCUCCAAACCCGUCAACUCGCGCUUCCGCUUCAUCGCACACAGAGUCGAGGGCUUGACAAAACCACACAUCGACAACCCCGCCGACAAGACGUACUUGACUAACCUACAAAUUCUGCGGUACAUCCAGCUCCUCCUCGAAAUUCACACGUACAUUGCGCGUCUGCCCCACCGGCGACCAAUUCCAGAUCCAGAGAAAUGGCCUGCAAAGACCACAUCCGACGCCUCCCUCUCGACGACAUUCCUGUCCAAGUUGAUUUCGCAUUUCUUCCCAACGAGUCAACCUACGCAGCAGGCCAAAACUCUGCUUAUUACCACGAUCCUAGCUCUCACUUUACAUAUCCCGCCGCCCAAGUUCCACGCUGGCCAGGACUUGCCGGCCCUGAUCACGGAGCCGACCGAUAUCAGUCUCGAUCUGGCGCUGCAGCCUGCCGAAGUAAAUAAAUAUUACCGCGAGUUGGGAUGCAAGAUGGACAGUCUGACGGAAGGGGAAUUGACGAGAUACGGGUGGGAAAAGGCGGGCAAGGCGAGGAAAGUGGUUGAUGCGACUGGAAAGGAGGUCAGCCUGCCGAAACCCAAAUUUGCGAAGCUCAGGUUUCCUAUUGAAUUUCCCAAGGUCAGUUCCGGAAGGCCGUCUGCCAGGAGAUGAUCUCGCAUCAGUGUGGCGCUCGAUAAGCAGGCAUGGCAGGUAGCAAUUUGUCGGGGGUUGUGACAGCAAUAGAGGCGAAACAUGUCUAUGAUGAAUAUGCAAGUCAAAAUGUAGCUGAUGGAAGCGAAAACGGCCACGAGGACGUGGCGAUUUGUAUUUC